AUGGUAGUUGUGAAGGACUGGGGGGGGCCCGCUCUGACAUGGUCAGAAGAAGACUUCGCGAAACUUUUGGGUGGGCUUACCCCUAAGGCCACGUCUCUUGAUGUCAUGUACGAAUGGCAGUCUGCAUCCAAGCGCAUGAACGCACGGAAGGAUCCAGAGGCGCCCAUCACAGAGAAAGGGACACUACGGAAGUUCAAGCACCUCGCCGAGUCGAGCGAGAUGCCUGUGAAUCUGCUCGACUUCCCAAUCUCCGAAGAGAUAACACCAUCUAUAAUCUUGCAUAUCGCCUGCGAUGUUCAAGCUCUCACCGCAACUACCACGAUGAUGCCAAUGAAGAGCAUUCAGGCAGACGUGCAGAAGUAUAGGUUAUGGGCACUACUCACCGCUCCUGGGUACUACGCAUAUCCUCACGUAGAUGGCUCAGGACUUUGCACAUACAUGAUGAUCACGCAAGGGUGCAAGUACUGGGCCAUCCUGCGGAUGGCAGAUCCCAAGAAGAAGCUUACAAAAAAACAGCUCGAGAACUACGCUACGUGUACAAGAAAAGCUUUUAAUCAGUACCUGAAGAUCGCGAAAGUAUCCAACGUGUAUAACGUUGCGCCUACAGAGCUGCCUGGUCUUGUGACAGUGCACUUCAUAAAGCUCGAGCCAGGGAUGCUUGCCAUCCAACCGCCUGGCGUUUUCCAUCAAGUGUACACUCCUGAGAAGUCUGUUGCCGUAGGAGGCCACUUUGUAGUCGAGGAAGCUCUGCAUCUAACGGCAUGGAGUCGAUUUUGCACCACCCAUGCGCAGGGGGCAGGGACAAAUGCAUACCAUGACUCCACCAUCCGUGUAUUUGCAUGUAUCAUGGUUGCUGCAGCAGUAAGGCGCGAGUUAACUAUGAAUAAGCGGUGUUUCAUUUCUUUAGCGCGAAUGCUCAAGCAGAGAAAGCUAUUCUCACUGGCCGACUUCGUCAAGGAAAACACAGACGACCCAGAUCCCGUCCACCCAGAGACCGAGGACGAGGUGGACCUCGCUCUCGAGUUGGUUGACGAGGUGCUUAGCCACAACGGGCUGAUGUGGGAAAGGCUCGAGAUAACUUCCAAAGGUCCCCCUCUCUUUGACGACGAACUGCCAUGGUAUGAUCCGGGUGUGGAGAUGGUCGACCAUCCAUCAAACUUGCUCACAAUCGUGCAGCAGACGCUGCAAUUCAAGUGA